CCUGGGAAUGCUUGCUGCCUGGGAGUGUGCAAGGGAGAGAACCGUGGAUUGUCUUCGGACUUGUCACCGUCCCCUAAGGUCAUGCAAGCCAUGAAUUCAUCCAUGGCCGCCACAUGGCUGCCCUGCAUCGAUGACCGACGUCUUGGCGGCCUGGGGCCUUCCUCUCCCCUCCCAGAGAGGGUGAUACCCUCUUAUGUGUCAUCCAGCUCGGAGUCACAGCCGCACGGGCCACCACCAUUACGAAUGGCAAUUCCUCUCCGUUUGCCUUUUCCUCUCACGUCUAUGCAAGGACGGUCGUCUGAGUCACACCACGUGAGGAUGACCACCUCUAAUCGUCCAUCUCUCCCCCCGAUCAGUUUUCUGCGAAAUGGUGCACCUGUUGAUAGCGGGACCUUUCUCAGGUCCAGACGUGUGGGAUCUGACGAUGACGAUGCGUCCUUUGUCCCCUCCUCUGUCGUAAUGUGCGGCUUGAUCUGUGCCACUCCAACAACAAUUGCUUCCAGGAGUUGGGCUCCGAUCCCGGCGGCGGCGACAAAGCAUGCCAUUUCGUUGGCAAGCCCGCCACGUCAUUACUGUUGUUGCUGUCGAUCUUCUUCUGCUGCCCGGGGCAGGAUUACGUCCGCCGCACCCCUUCACGGAGUAGGUUCCCAAGGCCCAUUGGGAUCGGGACUUGGGUUUUCUGGCCGGGCACGACCAGCAAGGCAACCCUUGCGUUUGGUUUGUUCGGCGGCAGAAGAAUCCACGACAAGCGAUGCCGCUCCCAGUCCGCAGGGUGUUCCGGAAGAGGCAGCUGCUGUCGCCUCUGUGGCAGCAACAGAAGGGGAGGAAGGGAGAGCGGCAGCGGGAGGGCGGAACUAUGCAAUCAGCGCCACCAUGGUGAGCACUCUGUCUGUCCCCGUGGAGACGCACUAUUGGGGCUGGAAAGGGUACUGGAUUCGGUACCAGAGUGCAGGGAGUCAAGGGCCUGCAGUUGUCCUCAUUCAUGGUUUUGGUGGUAAUUGUGACCACUUUAGGAAGAACCUUCCUGAAUUAGCAAAGCGCCACCGAGUGUUUGCCAUCGAUCUGUUGGGAUACGGAUACUCGGAUAAACCCGAUCCCAAGGGUCUGCCACCGAACACGAUAUACACCUUCGAGGAAUGGGGAGGACAAGUGGCAGAUUUCUGUCACGAGGUAGUCGGGAGUCCUGCUUUCCUGGUCUGCAACUCCGUAGGUUGCAUUACAGGCCUCCAAGUGGCCGUAUCUGCACCCGAUGUGGUCCGUGGGCUGGUCCUCCUCAACGUCUCUUUACGGCUUCUGCACAUCAAGAAGCAGAAAUGGUUUGCCAAACCCUUUAUCAAGGCUUUUCAGACCCUGUUAAGGACCACACCGCUUGGGCCAUGGUUUUUUGCGCAGGUGGCCAAACCAGGCGCGGUAAAGAACAUUCUUCGACAGGCUUAUCAUGACGACGAGACGGUGACGGACGAGCUGGUGGAUAAGAUUCUCUCGCCAGGAUUGCAGCCCGGAGCAGUGGACGUGUUUCUCGACUUUGUGUCGUACUCCGGAGGGCCAUUGCCUGAGGAUCUACUGCCACGUGUCAGUUGCCCAGUCCUUAUUGUGUGGGGCGAUAAGGACCCUUGGGAGCCAAUAGACCUUGGACGAACUUUGGGUGCGAUGGAUUCCGUCGAGGAGUUCAUUGCCUUAGAGAAUGUGGGUCACUGUCCGCAGGAUGAAGCCCCACAUCUGGUGAACCCUAUAGUUGAGCGCUUUGUAGCCAAGCAUGCUAAUUAGUUAAGCUAACUGGUUUUUCAAAGAUGGACGGAGAAAUUCAGUGGUGUGGGGGCAUUGAUCAAAAGAUAUAGAUGCGACUUUUUCAAAGAUGGAUGGCAAAUUCAGUGAUGUAUUUAUAAUGAGUCUAAUGACACAUGGCGCAAAUUGAUUUUUCGAUGUAUUUGUUUCUGUUUCUCUAUAUCUGUUUCUUUCCCUUGGUGCACCCAUCCAAUCCCCCAGAUCUUCCUGCUUGUCCCUCCCUUGUAGAUUUUUUUUUGGGUCAACUAUCGGCGAGGAUACCGGAUAAACUGUCCUUCGGGAC